AGUGAGAUGAUGUUGCUACCUGGUUUGGCGUGGCUGCUGUUGGUAAGCCUUCUCCCACCGAGCUUCAUGACCCCCUGCGUGAACGUCAACAUCACGGGGUGCUUAGGCUGUGGUAGCUGCACCAUAUCCUGCUCCGCGUUUGGGCUUACCGAGUUCCCGAGCAUCUCAGUUGAAGAUGCAGCACUAGUAGAGCUUUUGGAUCUGUCCCUCAAUGGACUCACUAUCAUUACAGCAGUUGACCUGCAGCACUUCACUCAGCUGGAAGAACUUAAAGUCAUCAACAAUGAUAUCACAUACAUUGAAGAUGGAAGCUUUUCAAACAACCAAGAGCUCUCCAUGAUUUCUCUAGAAAGUAAUCCUCUGCACUGCGACUGUGGCCUUCGUUGGUUGUGGGAGUUCCUAGAAACUCUUCCAAUGGACAGCAAUGGGAGAUGUGAGUCUCCUCCACAGCUGGCUGGAUCUCUUAUUAGUCAUCUCAACCUCUCCCAACUCACAUGUGAGUGUCCUACUGAGUGUGGUGGUAACUCUUCAUGUAAUACACUAUUGGGUCUAUGUGAAUGUGACUCUGGAUACAGAGGAUAUAACUGCAGUCAAGUAUGCCUUCCAGAGACAUUUGGAUCCAACUGUAGUGAAACAUGCACAUGCGAGGCCGGUAGUAGCUGUCAUCAUAUCACUGGAGACUGCACUUGUCCACCGGGCUAUCUAGGGACGAACUGCAGCCAUGAUUGCAGUAAAGCCCCAGAGUGUGCCCUCCUGGGCAGAGAAGCAUGUUCACUAGACUCUCCUGAGAACACUUGUGGAGCAUGCAGGACAGUGCCAGUUGGGAACAGAACUGAUGAGUGGGGAAAUGACAGUUGUGUGACAGUCUCUGUUUCAAAUAUUCUCCCCCUUGCUUCUACUGCUUCUUGCUGUAAAGUUAGUGGAACAGACUCUGAGGUGUUACUGAGCCAUCAGAAUCUCCUACAUCUUCCACUGUGCCUCAUUCUCCUACUAACAGCAGUCCCAAUCCCAGUGAAGGCCUUUUGAUUACGUCUCAUCUCAUCAUACUCUUGUCCUAUCUCAUGGUGCUGCUUGUAAUUGUCCUGACCUUAACCACUGGCCUACUCUGUUGGAGAAGUUCAGUUAGUAAGAAGGCAAAGAUAUUCCCUUUACCGGGAUGACCAACAUUCCACAGAUGCAACCUCCAGACAAACUUCUCUCCUUAUCUAAGCUAAUGGUGGUUUCCAGCUGCAGUAGGUGGAUCCACGUUGGUAUCUCUCUGGUGGAAAUGAGUCACAGUGUGGCUGGCAAGAUUCUUUAGUGCAUUCAUAGUGACAGUCAUAAAGGUAAUGCAUAAUUGGUAUCAAAACAUUGCGCCGUCUUCUUCUGGAGGGUCCUUAUGGUCCCAGAGAUCGUGCUCCUUGUCCCCUAGUUGAGUCACAUGGUACUCCUGACUGGCCAGGAAGCAAUAGCGAAAGAAGGCCAGCAUCCGUCGAACCCCAACAACCUGAGCUGUAACCUCCUCCACAUAGUCUGCAAACAGAAUGUCCAUGACCUCUGGCCGGAGGGCCUUGAAAUGUGCUCCAAUCACUGCCAUGUCCAGCUUGACGUAGCCGUGUAUGUGGACACAAGUUGGGAUCUUGUUCUCCACUGUCGCCGAACAAAUGCCCACGUCACUUGGGGAGGGAGGGAAGAGGUGGUGGAGACCUUUGAACCUGGUGGAGAGGAGGCUGAUGAAGAAACUGGACGUCUGGUUGUAGCCGUAGAGAUCGUGGAUCAUCAUGUCCAGGUACAGUCUCAGAGCAAACAUCUGACCUCUGGGAUCCUUGAUCAAGUCAAACUUGUGGUCGUGUCUGUAGAUAGCGUUCAUGUGGUCAUAGAGGUCAUAGUCAUGUGACCAGGUGGAGAGAGAGACGGAGGGAGAGAGAGUCUCCACGUAGUGCCACGUGUAGGGAGGAACAUACAGAACAUCACCUGGUCCCAGCACAACCUGCAGGGCUCUGGACUUGGC